AUGGAUCGGGCGGUGCUAGAGACCAAUCCCACACCACGGGAUUGGCUGAACCAGAGCCUCAAGGUCGAACCGGGUUUCACAUCAACUGCAAGAAGAGUUGUUUGUGGCAGCAACAGCGGAAGCGCAUCAGCUUACUUCUCUUCCACAACAACGUCGGCUGCACAUUUUGAAGGUGGUGAUGAUGGUGGAGGGGUCGGUGAUUACACAGGCUUCCCUUUACCGCGAUUGGGAAACUCAAUUCCUCAUCAGCCCUUUCCCUGUCACCAUCACGCAUUUGGACCUCCACCUCCGCCAUUACCGCCGCCACCUUCUUCUGUUGUGCCUGUGCCUACUACUCCUCUACCACCACCAUCAGAGUGCAGUGGAACUUUAACAAGAACACAUGCAAUGCAUUCUUUGUUUGAGAGCUACACCUUUGAGAGUGGAACCACAAGACAACACACUAGUGUACGAAUGGACCAUCACAUACUACCUCCACCACCACCAUUACCACCCCAACAGCAACAACAACAACCACCGUCAGCUUCUCAUAAUCAUUCUAAGACCAAUGGACGAUGCCGCAAAGAAUCAGGCUCGUCAACUGAAGAUGGAGAGAAGACAACAUCAGAGGUGGAGGGAGGCGGUGGAGGAGGAGGUGGUACAGGAGUAGUUUCACGAGCCUCCUACAUGUGUCGCAAGUGCAAGGCUCAUGGUCAAGCGGUGCCAGUUAAGAGGCACAAAAGAGCCUGUCCCUACCUCCAGUGCCGGUGCUUGAAGUGCAGACUGGUGGAUCAGGGCAGAAAAGUUGUUGCUAGACAAAUAGCCCUCUACCGAGAUCAAAAAGGUCAUUCAGGUGGCUCCGGUGGCUCCACCGGCACCACCCACUCUCGUGCAACUCGUGAUGACUCCUCACGUCCUCGAUUAUCCAGUCUCCGUUCUAAUCCCCUCAUUCAAUUGCCUCUGCCACGAGAGUUGCGGAUAGAUGGAGCUCGAAUGCUUCCUUCUCUUAUGGCUCCCGGUGUCAAGGUUAGCGGGCAGGCGCUGAUUGGUGGGAGGACGGUAGCAGGUCCGCAUUGUCGUCGAUGCCGAAACCACAAUGUUGCAGUGACAUGGAAAGGCCACAAGAAGUCUUGCCCUUAUAGAAACUGUCCCUGUGACCCCUGUCGACUGAUUAAUGUGAGGAAGGAUACGGAGAAAACCCUACGAGAUAUGGCUGGGAUCGAGGAGAAGUCGGUACUACCGACGGCAUUGCUGGCAGAAGAGUCGACAACCACUGCAACGGCUACAACAAUGAGCAAUUUCUUUCCUUAUCUUAUGCCAGUCAAUAACGCCUCACAAUCGGCGGAAAUGCCAGAACCUUCAUCGGUCACUGCAGAAUCUGCCCUCUGGAAUGAAACUGUCUUUCCACACCGUCCUACCAAAAGGGCACGCUCUCUACAGGACUUAAAUGCUCAUUUAUCCGUCUCAGAAGCUCAUGUUAAUGGAUCCACGGCAAAUCAAGGUGGAGCAGUUGAACAGACUCGAAUUGGGUCUCUAGAAGGUGCUAGAAAUAUAGAGGCGUCAGGGAAUAGUAGCACCAGCAGUAAUGGCACUGUUGCAGCUGCAAGUGUUGCUACUAACAAUGCAAGUAGUACAGUUGAACAAUAUCAUCGAAGUGCAAAUUACGAUGUUUAUUAUGAGGAAAAGACACCGCGGCCAGUUCUUCCCUUUUGGCAGAGUUUUAGUCACUUUGAAGAAAAGUCUACAAUUCCAGGACAAGGUUACAUAGGAGGUUAUUAUGGUCUUGAAAACGGCAGAGUUUUUCAUGGCAACAGUCAAGGUCAUCACAUGUACAGCCCUGAAAGGGUGUCUGCAGUGGCAGCGGCUGCGGCAGCGGCUGCUGCAAUGGUCGCUAUGACACCUCCAAUAAAUGGGGCCUAUCAACAACCAUGUUAUCCUCCUCAAGGCCGCCCAGGGGGCCUUUGUCAUCCUCUGCCCUCUCAACAUUCCGAUCACCUGGGGUACACUCCUCCAGAGGAUUUCAACUCUCCAAAUACAUAUCAGAGUCGAUUCUCAAUUGAAAGGGGUCGUGGAGAUGAUUAUUGCAGUGGGGGUGGGGGAGGUGGUGGCAGUGGAGCUGGAGGAGUCGGAGGAAAUAAUGGCGGCUGGGGUGCAUACAGAUACCCAUACAUGGUGAGAGGUCUUCCAUUUCAUCCUGGCGACCCAAUAGAAGCAGACUUCACAAUUCCGAGUGGUCAAAGGCAUGCAAAAACUGGAGGCGCAAUGACGUCCAAGGUCGUCGAUGACUCGUUGUACACAAGACCUGUGGCUCACGUGUGGCGAAGUCAAUUACAUCAUUUGAGUAUCUCCCAAUUAAGACCCGAAGACACGGAGGAGGUAAAGGCCUUCCAACAGAUUGAUUGCGAGAACAAAAUGGAGUGUACAAACGACAUCAAACAAGAUGCUCAUGAGAGUGAGCCCCCUGUCCAAUCAGCCAAUCAGGCGAUAGCAAUUAGGAACGCCAUGGACGCAAGUCAACGAGCAGGCGUCUUUCGGGAAGAAAUUUCCACCUCAAGCAGUAAUCAACCCCCUCCACCGUCAACCCAACAGCAGCUGCAGGAGCAGCAGCAACAGCAACAGCGUCAGCAAGCAGAGGUCAUUUUUGAAGCAAAUCCGGGUUCCACAACUGAACGAAGAGGACCAUAUCCUGCGUUUGAAUCGACAACCAAUGUCUCCCCUUUUACGAUCGAUGAGACACAUUCACAACCAUUCCCUGCUGUAGGCGCAGAGACAUGA